GGGACGGAUCAAAACAGGAAAUGGCGGAAAGUGAACCCACAUUUAAAAAGUUUGUUUGAUCUGUUUAGGUCAGUUUGUUUGAUAUAACCGUCUGAAUCUGGGGGAACAUUGGAGCUAAUGCUAAGCUAACGCAUUUGUUAGCUUAUUUUGUUAGAGUUGGUUUGUUUGGUCGUAGCAACAGGAGCUAAUGCUAAGCUAACGCAUUUGUUAGCUUAUUUUGUUAGAGUUGGUUUGUUUGGUCGUAGCAACAGGAGCUAAUGCUAAGCUAAUGCAUUUAUUAGCUUAUUUUGUUAGAGUUGGUUUGUUUGGUCGUAGCAGCAGGAGCUAAUGCUAAGCUAAUGCAUUGUUAGUUUGAGCUCUCCGUCUGAAUGUGGGUGAACACCGGAGCUCAUGUUGAGCUUAUGCAUUAGAUAGUGUAAUUUGUUGAAGUUGAUUUGCUUCGUCUUAGUUUUAAGAGAACACAGGAGCUGUUGCGUUAGUUUGUUUGAGCUAAUGCUAAGCUACUGUUGCUAACAUGUGGAGAAAGGGCUCGUCUGAGGGCUCCGACCGGUUUGAAUAUUUACAGACUCUGGUCACAGAGUUUCAGGACACCGACAGUGAAGAGGCAAAGGAGCAGGUGCUGGCUAACCUGGCCAACUUUGCGUACGACCCAAAGAACACGGAGUAUCUGAGGGAGCUGCAGGUGACCGACCUCUUCUUGGACGUGCUCACUGAGGAGAAUGAAAACUUUGUGGAGUUUGGGAUGGGGGGGCUGUGUAACCUGAGCAUGGACCCUGAAUGCCGACGCAUAAUCCUGCAGAACAGCGGGAUCAGCUUGGUAACGCAUUGUCUGUCGAGCCAGAGGGAGGAGACCGUCCUGUCAGCCAUCACUACACUCAUGAACCUCACAACGCCGUCAUCCCGCUCUGAGAUCACUGACCCAGCCAUCCUGCAGUGCAUGCUGCGCUUCUCCCUCUCAGAGAGCCCCCGCCUGCGCAACCUGGCCGCUGUGUUUCUGCAGGACUGCUGCACUGAGGAGCAGGUGGCCCGAGCAGAGCAGCAGAUGCAGGGACAGCAGACUGCAGUCGGCAUCCCGCUGCCCAGGGACUAACUUACAGCUGAGCUAUCUUUUUCCUUGUGUCUGGAGAGGCGGGCCGUCAGAUCUUCCUGGCCACACCUGAGCGUGUGGUCUCACCUUAUAAAAAGGCCUCGUUUGUCAUCCUGCUCUCUCCUUCCUGACAGCAGCUGACAGCCACAUGGCCAACAUGGUGUAGUUUGGUUUUCAUUUGUUCCAUUUGUUCUGUUUUACACACACACCACUUCAACAUGCAUUAUUUCAUCUUUUGCAGUAUGUUUAUUUAAAUAAACGACCUCUGUACCUUGGAA